AGCUAGUAGCAUACCCUUGGCCAACAGAGUUUCAUUGACUGAACUGGUUCUGAAGGAUCCUAAACUCUGCUCAAAAUGUGUGCUGAUUUAAACGUUGUCCAGGAGGGCAACAGACUUCCAGCUGUCCAGCUAGGAGAAAGUGUACAAGAAUACAGCAACAAAUAUGGAAUGUAUAUCAAUCCUGCAGACCGUACUAAGUACAAACAUAUUAAAGGGAAAGAUCAAAUAAGAGUCUAUGUCGAUGGAGUAUUUGAUAUGUUUCAUUUUGGACAUGCCCGGUACAUCAUGCAGGCAAAAAACAUGUUCCCCAACACUUACGUUAUAGCUGGUGUUUCUGCAGGGUCUACAACUCUUGAGUUGAAAGGACAGACUGUGAUGACGGAGGAAGAGAGAUGUGAGAGUGUGAGACAGUGCAGGUACGUGGACGAGGUCAUCUGUCCUGCACCUUGGUGUAUUAACAAGGAGUUCCUUCACGAACACAAUAUCGAUUUCGUAGUACAGAACGAUGCACCUUACCCAAUGGGGGACAAUCCUGACAUCUACAAACCAAUUAAAGAUGCAGGUAUGUUUCUGCCGGUUAUCAGAACAAACUCAGUCUCAACGUCCGACUACAUUACUCGGAUUAUUGCUGAGUAUGACAAAUAUCUCCAGAGGAAUCUGGAACGUGGGUACUCCCGCCAUGAUCUUGGAAUUACAUUUCUGAAGGAGAAGCGGUUGGAGGUGAGGAGAAGGGUAGAAGGAGUUCAUAAAGCUAUUAACGGUUAUAUCGCGGAUUUUAUGGAGUAUUUCUACGAGCCCAUUAGUCACAGAAUAGUGGACUUCAUCUCGCCCCAAAACUCGCUCCAAAACUCCCCAGUUGCCUCAGAUGUGAGUGAUCAAGAGGAUGAGGAAGAUGGAACUGAAAGUAAAAGCAAGAAACAAAAGGCGGAAGAUUAACAUUGAAACUGAACCAGAUUUACCGGAAUGGCUGGGCCAUGGAUAUGUGAAAAUUGAACAAAAAACUGCGGGAAAUAAGAUGCAUGUUUUAUGUAUACUGUGUAGUGUAUACAUUGAAAAAAACACAUAUAUAGUAUACCGGUAAUAAACAUACCGGUAUAC